AAAUGUGAUGAAUGUGGAAAAUCCUUUAGGAAAAGUUCAUCCCUUAAUGUUCACCACAGAAUCCAUAUAGGAAAGAAACCUUAUAAAUGUGAAAAAUGUGGAAAAUGCUUUACUAGGUGCUUAUUACUUCAUGUUCAUCAGAGAAUCCAUACUGGAGAGAAACCUUAUAUAUGUGAUGACUGUGGAAAGUCCUUUAGUAAGUCCUCCAGUCUUCAAUGUCAUAGGAGAAUCCAUACUGGAAAGAAACCUUAUAAAUGUGAUGACUGUGGAAAAUCCUUUGUUCAUUCUUCCAAACUUCAAUGUCAUAGGAGAAUCCAUACUGGAGAGAAACCUUAUAAAUGUGAUGAAUGUGGAAAGUCUUUUGUUAAUUCCUCCAAACUUCAAUGUCAUAGGAGAAUACAUACUGGAGAGAAACCUUACAAAUGUGAUGACUGUGGAAAGUCCUUUGUUCAGGCCUCCCAUCUUCAAUAUCAUAGGAGAAUCCAUACUGGAGAGAAAUCUUAUCAAUGUGAUGACUGUGAAAAGUACUUUAGAGAUGAAUCAUCUCUUCAUGUUCAUCAGAGAAUCCAUACUGGAGAAAAACCUUAUAAAUGUGAUGAAUGUGGAAAGUCCUUUGUUCAAUUCUCCCAACUUCAAUGUCAUAGUAGAACCCAUACUGGAGAGAAACCUUAUAAAUGUGAUGAAUGUGGAAAGUCCUUUGUUCAAUUCUCCCAUCUUCAAUGUCAUAGGAGAAUCCAUACUGGAGAGAAACCUUAUAAAUGUGAUGAAUGUGGAAAGUCCUUUGUUAAGUCCUCCCAUCUUCAAUGUCAUAGGAGAAUCCAUACUGGAGAGAAACCUUAUCAAUGUGAUGACUGUGGAAAGUACUUUAGAGAUGGAUCAUCUCUUCAUGUUCAUCAGAGAAUCCAUACUGGAGAAAAACCUUAUAAAUGUGAUGAAUGUGGAAAGUCCUUUGUUAAGUCCUCCCAACUUCAAUGUCAUAGGAGAAUCCAUACUGGAGAGAAACCUUAUAAAUGUGAUGACUGUGGAAAAUCCUUUGUCCAGUCAGCCAAUCUUAAAUGUCAUAGGAGAAUCCAUACUGGAGAGAAACCUUAUAAAUGUGAUGACUGUGGAAAAUCCUUUGUCUGGUUAGCCAAUCUUAAAUGUCAUAGGAGAAUCCAUACUGGAGAGAAACCUUAUCAAUGUGAUGACUGUGGAAAGUACUUUAGAAAUCGAUCAUCUCUUCAUGUUCAUCAGAGAAUCCAUACUGGAGAAAAACCUUAUAAAUGUGAUGAAUGUGGAAAGUCCUUUGUUAGGUCCUCCCAUCUUCAAUAUCAUAGGAGAAUCCAUACUGGAGAGAAACCUUAUCAAUGUGAUGACUGUGAAAAGUACUUUAGAGAUGAAUCAUCUCUUCAUGUUCAUCAGAGAAUCCAUACUGGAGAAAAACCUUAUACAUGCGAUGAAUGUGGAAAGUCCUUUGUUCAAUUCUCCCAUCUUCAAUGUCAUAGUAGAACCCAUACUGGAGAGAAACCUUAUAAAUGUGAUGAAUGUGGAAAGUCCUUUGUUAAGUCCUCCCAUCUUCAAUGUCAUAGGAGAAUCCAUACUGGAGAGAAACCUUAUAAAUGUUAUGACUGUGCAAAAUGCUUUAGGCAUGGCUCUUCUCUUCAUGUUCAUCAGAGAAUCCACACUAGAGACAAAUGA